CUACGUCCGAGAGCUGAACUUCUGAAGCUUCGAAGCUUGACGUGGACGUGCAGUAUCGGUGUGCACCAUAUCAAAUUGAUCCAAUUGAAAUCACCUACACUUGGCAUAAGUAUGCUCUAUGCUGGGAGAGUAAUGACUAUACGUCUGUCGCGCAGACUCUUCUCAACCCAAGUGCCGGAAGCUUUCCUCGAACCUCUCCAGUCUCACCUCGGUAUAACAUGUCUGUCCUUCAACAGACCACAGGCAAAGAAUGCUAUUUCAAUGAAACUACUUCAUGUGAAAAGACAUCCAACUCCAAUACCCAUCCGAGCGCUGAUAAUACGUUCCACUACCAUGGGUUCCUUCUGCGCAGGCGCCGACCUUGCUGAGAGACGUACUAUGUCUCAAAUUCAAAUUACGAAAUUCCUUUCUGACUUGCGUACUGCACUUGGUCAAUUGGAAACAUUGCCUAUGCCAACAAUUGCUGCAAUCGACGGUCCUGCAUUGGGGGGAGGGUUAGAACUGAGUUUUGCUUGUGACUUGCGUGUGGCUGGACAUGGUGUGACAAAGAUAGGUCUUCCCGAGACGCGCCUCGGGAUUAUACCUGGAGCUGGCGGUACUCAACGUGCUGUCAGAUUACUGGGCGUAUCGAAAGCAAAGGCCCUGAUUUUCACAGCUAAGAUGCUGACAGCCCAAGAAGCACUUGAAUGGGGUGUAGUAGAUUAUGUAUCGUCUCCCUCUACAUCAGCCUUUGAACGGGCAGUUGAAUUGGCUCAGGAAAUAACUAAAAGCGGUAUGCACCCUCACUUCCCCCGUGCAACCUCAUUCUCAACGGCAAUUUCACGUGCAGCUGACCUCUCUUUGGAAUCAGGUCUUGACUUAGAGAGAGCAUCAUAUGAAGUUCUUCUACCCACGAAAGAUCGGUUGGAGGCUUUAGAGGCAUUCAAGGAAAAACGACAACCUGUUUUUAAAGGGGAAUAGUCUGCUACUUUUGAUUUGGAGCGUGCUGUGUAUGUUGACUCAUAGUGCAACGAAUCAAGACAGGAUCACGCAUAGUCACAUGAUACUUAUCUAUUUCGUAACACUUGGGGUAGAGUUUCUGUACCUUGCGAAGCUUUUCGACAUCCUCGCUGGCGCGUCACUAUGUGGUCAUACUGCUACCGUCAAUGUCUUCCCACCAGCCUCCGCCGCCGCGGAUGUUGCGGGAAUGUGG